UUGACUAAAGCGACUUUUUGAAAAUAUGGAAACAUAAUUAAAUAUUAACAUUGUUAUCGUCUCCUUCUCCAAAAUUGUGUUCGAACGUAAGUGGGGCUUAGGGUUUUCAGAACGAAUCGAAGUUAAAUCUCAGAGAAACAACCUUACUUUACAAACUGAAGUCUUUGAGAAGGAAGAAUGAGCUACUUAGGUGACGUAGCAUUCAGUGUGUACCAUGGUGGGUAUUGGGUGAAGCUGUAUAAUGGAGAAUUCACAUAUUUUGGUGGGGAGAUGAAAAGUAUUGAAAGCAAACCCGAAGAAAUAUUUAUUAGGUUGUCAAAUGAGUUUAGUGAUGGGUUGUCUGGACAGAAUUUGUGGUAUAAGAUGCCUUUUGAAGACUUGAAGGAACGGAAGAGUUUUUGCAUUGGGGAUGAGAGUUUUGAGAAAAUGUGUGAAGCAGCUAGAUGGGUUAAGUUUGUUGAUUUGUUUUUAGUUAACCCAAGUGAGCAUCCAGAUGAUAUUGAUGGUCCGGAGCCGUGUGAAUCAGAGGUUAGAGUUGAAAGGAAUACACUGAAUUUUGUUGAUGAAGAUGAGAAUUUUGACUAUCACAACACACCUCCUAACUCUGAUGGUGAAGAAGAGGACAAUGUUUACAGAUGGAAACGAGGCAGUGGGUAGCUGAAGCUUAGACAAGUUUUUGACACUUUAGAAGACUUUAAAGAGGUAUUAGUGGAAUAUGUGCUAAAGGAAGGAAGGAAUAUUGAGUUCUGUCGUUGGGGGAAAGAUAAAUCUGCAGCAAAGUGUGAGAUAGAGAAAGAAAACUGUCCAUGGUUUAUACACUGCUCUUAUGAAGAACAUGUUGGAAAGUGGAUGGUGAAGGUUUUUGAAGAUAAACACAGUUGUGUGAAGGAUGGAUAUUGUAAGAUGUUGAAAUCUCCUGUGAUUACAAAGCUGUUUCUGAAUGACUGGAGGACUGAUCCUGAGAUUAAACCGAAGGCUAUUCAGAAUGAAAUUCUAAAAAAUUUCAAUUUGAUCGUAUCUCCAAACAAGAUUAAAAAGGCUAAGGCAAAAGCCUUGGAGAUCAUUGCAAAAGACCACGAGGAACAAUUUUCUAGGCUUAAAGAUUACCGCUUAGAACUCUUAAGGUAAAUUUCAGUUUAUGCUUCUUUUUUUAUAUGUCUUAGAACUCCUAAGAUUUUCUUCAUUUUAACCAAUUGUUUGUGGAUUUUUGCAAAAGUCAAAUCAUGAAUCAACUGUCCUGCUAGAUACGUUUGACAAUGAUGAUGGGACAGAAACAUUCCACAGAUUCUAUGUCUGCUUUGAAGUGAUCAAAAGACUAUGGAAAACUUGGUGUCGUCCUAUUUUUGGUCUAGAUGGAUGUUUUCUAAAGUCUACACGCAAAGGACAAUUAUUAGCUGCUGUUGGAAGAGAUGCUAAUAAUGGAAUGUAUCCAAUAGCGUGGGCGGUUGUUGAUGUAGAAAAUGAACCCAAUUGGUGCUGGUUCAUACAAAAUCUGAAGGCAGACUUGAAUCUUCAAAAUGGUCGUGGUUUUACUUUGAUCUCUGAUAGGCAAAAGGGUUUGCUGAAUGCAGUUGAGAAGGAGCUACCUAUGGUAGAACACCGGAUGUGUGCUCGCCACAUCUACGCAAACUUGAAAAAGGCUUUUCCUCGCCAAAGUGAGAUGAAGACCCUGUUUUGGCGAGUAGCUGAAAGUUAUACCAUACCUGAGUACCAGAAAAACUUGGAAGCUGUUCAGAAAUAUGAUAUGCGUAUCUUUGAAGCUAUAAUGGAGAAGAAUCCAAAGAAUUGUAGCUUGGCUUUUUGUGGACCAACUGCUUCCUGCAUAGAUGUUCACAACAACAUUUCAGAGUCAUUCAACAAUGCCAUCGAUCCUGCAAGGUAUACACCAAUGGUUGAGAUGUUAGAGGUAAUAAGAAGAAGUGCCAUGGUGAGGAUUGAUUUGAGAAAGCUGAAAGCACGACAACAUAAAAGUAGAUUCACUACUCGGGCUACACAGUUCAUAGAAUUAGAGCAAGAAAAGAUUAAGUUCUGCAAGAUGUAUCCAGGAUCAGAUGGAAGAUGUGAAGUAAGAGAGUGUAAUACAAGCUUCAGUUUGAACAUGAGGAUGAGGACUUGUUCUUGUCGGAGAUGGGAAAUGAGUGGACUUCCAUGUCGUCAUGCAUUACGCGUGAUUGCAGAUAAGAAGCUCAACUACGAAGACUACACCUCUAGCUGGUACUCUAACUCACAGCAGCAACAAAUAUUUAGUGACUCGAUACGUCCAGUUACCGGUAUGCAGUUUUGGCAGAAACUUGGUUGUGUUGUUAAGCCACCUGCUGGUCUUAUUGAAGAGGUAGAAAAUAGGAAAGGAAGGAAACCGAAGCCAAAGAGAAAGAAAGGACAGAAUGAGUCUCCUAAAAAGAAGGUUAGCAGAGAGAAAAGGAUAAUGCAUUGUGGGUGUUGUGGUAUUGCUGGACACAAUGCGAAGAAUUGUAAGAAUUUUGGGGUGCCAAAGUUCUUGAAACCAAGAAAGAGGAUGAGUUCAAACACUGGAGAAGAUGGUUAUGAGUCCACAAACACAAACGGAGGAGAUACGUCGGAUUUUGGAGAUGGACCAAGUCAAUCGACACAAUACUAAGUUGUUAUAAGAUGGGUCAGCUGUAGAUGACAAGCAUGUAUGUUUUGGUCAGUGGUGAUGGAUAUCUAAGAAUGAAAAAUGGUUUGGAGUUUUUAAAGAAGCAUGAAGAGGAAGAAUUUUUUGUUUUGUUUUUGGGAUAUGUAGUGCUUUUGGAACUUGUUUGAUGUUUAACGUUUUGGAGGUUGUUUGAUGUUUAACGCUUGAUGUUUUUAAUUAAUCGAAUGUUAUUUUUCUACCUGAAACAGAUUGUCAUUCUCUUGUUAUUAAUGUUCAAAGUUCGAAUCUGGCUU